CAACCGCAAUCCCUAGUCCUCCCCCUUCCUCCUCUCUCGUACCACACUCUCACGAGCGCCGCCUCCGCCGCCGCGGCAUAUCCAGCCUCCUGCGCCGACCUCCCAAGUGUCUACGCUGGAUCCGUCGACCCGAAGCACUUAUUCACGUGACGUGUUACAGAAUAUAAACUAGAAGUGUGUUGCCAUGGCUCAGGAUGCUGUCGCUCUUAAUGGACUGAAUUACGAGAGUCAUAUGCAGUUUAGGAGGUCCGUCGUACCGAUUCUUAUAUAUCGUCGUCAACAGAAAGAGGAACAGGAACAUGAAGGAGAAGAGGAACAGGAACCAGAGCCGGAACCAGAACCGGAACAGGCAAAUCCAAAUGACCCAAUUUCUGUUGUUCCGGGCAUAGUCACUGUCGCUGGUGAGACAUUUUGCCACAUCAUAGCAAAUAAGAGAUUGCUUUUUACCCGUCGUCGAGGCAGGUAUAGAUUUGAAAUUGCUUUCCCCAACAUGAACUUAGACCUUGACAACCUCAAUGUGGAAAGACAUGGCUUGUUGGCUGCUUUCUACUGCCCUGUUCCUGCUGGAAUUGUAGAUGCCGUGCAUUUCAGCAAUCAAACUGCACAGAACCAAAAACUUAAGAUGUAUGGAUAUCAGAUUAGUGCAUCAGGACAAGUACAAAGGGAUCUAACUAAUGGCUAUCUGACUCACAUAGGGAACCGUGUGGGGCAAGAAUACAUCGGACAUGAUUGUACUCCUUCAAAGUUAUCGCUAAGUGGGUCACCCAUUUUUAAUGAGGAAAGACAGCUCGUUGGUAUAUCAUACGCGGAUUUUGGUAUAACCAAGGCCUUGAAUGUGGAGAAUAUAGCUUCCAUGCUUUCAGAGUUUUAUGAUGGAAUGGAGAACAGGCCUAUGUCAGAUAUCUUACAACGUAUCAGAGAUGUUGGUGAACAUCAAUUUGUUCCGCCUGCGGAUCAUAUGACUUGAUGGGCCUUAGUGUGAACUUGAAGGAAGGAAGUUAGAACAUUGGUUUUGUUUUCGUUGUUUACUCGGUUUGUUACCUAGCUUUAGCUUCUCAUUGACUGUUCCAAGUAGUCUACAUGUGCAAACACUGUAUGUGCCAUUUGGUUGGUGGUGUUUCCCUGCACGCAACAGAACAUUCUCUUCAGUCUGUAACUCUGUGUGCCUGUUGUGAUCCAAUCUGACGAAGCAGCUUACAUUUGAGAUCCAGUCUGAUGAGUAGUGUGACAAUGCGAUGUCUUGUUAUUGUGAACUGAGAUUAUCCAAAUCCAAUCAAGUUUUGAUGUGAUCCACA